UCUUUUAAUGUCGCCACCCGUACUUCGCAUCGCUGACCCGGAACGGCCCUUCGAAGUUAUAAUCGACGCAAGUGACAUCGCCAUUGGAGCAGUGCUCAUGCAAGAUUUUGGCAAUGGUCUUCAACCAAUCGCGUACGAGUCUCGAAAAAUGCAAUCUGUUGAGCGCAACUACCCGGUACACGACAAGGAGAUGCUGGCGAUUGUCCACACGUUCAAAAUCUGGAGGUGCUACCUGACUGGAGCAGACGUGACAGUGCGAACCGACCAUAAAUCUCUACAGUACGUGAGGGCGCAGCCGGAUCACAAUUCGCGGCAGAUACGUUGGCUGGACUAUCUGGAGUCCAACUUCACGUACAAGAUCACGUACAAAAAGGGCGCCAACAAUAUUGCUGACGACACAUGGGCUCGGUACGGCACGCGCCUGCGAUUCUCAUCCGCUUAUCAUCCUCAAACGGACGGUCAGACAGAGAGGACAAACCAAACGAUGGAACAUCUGAUUCGGACAAACCGCCCCCACCGCAACAAAUGGGAGGACACACUUCCAUUUUGGAAUUCUCCUACAACAAUGCGCCCUCAGCUACGACUAAUCACUCCCUGUUUUACCUCAAUUACGGGAUGGACCCGACAAGCAUGAAGAUGGUGAUGCCGGUGACC